UACAGGCUCUAACAGAACUCGGCGUCUGGCCGAUGAGGGCGUAGUGCGCAUGCGCCAGUGCCAAGCCAGCGGACACCAGCGCACUUCACCUCUCCGCACGGACCAAUUUUCGGGCCCGAAAUAGCAGGUGCUGCCACCUAGGCGUCGACUUUAAACUACGAUGGCGAGGUGACGACUGACGACACGAAUCGCGGAGCGAAGUAAACAAGGCAACACACCUCCUACCCGAGACCCAAAAACGAUUGAUAAAUUUGUGCAGUUAUUUCGUCAUGGAGUAGUAGUCGCUGCUGCUAUUGCAAUAAUUAUAUAAGCUGGAGAUGUCGAGCACUGUAGCGCGCAUGGUGGGCACCGCCACCGUCAGGGCCGUCAAGGGCCGCAAAUUGGUACCUCAGAGGGCUGCCCUAGUUCUCACACCGAACGCAGUGAGCAAACUGAAGGAAAUUUUGGACAGCCAAAAAGAAUUUAUUGGCGUGAAAGUCGGUGUGAAGCAGAGAGGCUGCAACGGACUGAGCUACACCCUGGAUUACGCAUCAGAAAAAAACAAAUUCGACGAAGAAGUCUGCCAAGAUGGAGUGAAAGUCUUCAUCGACAAAAAGGCCCAACUGACGCUGCUUGGCACCGAAAUGGACUACGUGGAAACGAAGCUGUCUUCCGAAUUUGUGUUUAACAACCCAAAUAUCAAAGGCACCUGCGGCUGCGGAGAAAGCUUCUCCAUCUAACUGACUGAAGAGAUUUUUAGUUUACCUCAUCUCACUAUAGUUGUUGUUUUAAUUUAUGCUGUCAAGUUCCUUCAAUAGGAAGCCUGAACAUGUGAUGCUAGUCAAGUAGAACAACAGAAACAUGUUGGAGUUGCAAUAAAAUGUUGAUGUUUGUUUAAAA